AUGAACACAGGAGGGGGCGACGAUCAACAUGAGGAAGAGCACGAAGAGGAGCGGGAAGAGGAUGAGGAGGAAGCCGCGCGCAACAAUGCCUUCCUGCACCACCUCCUCGCCGCCAUGGUCACCCGCCAGCGCACCAACGACACCAACGACGAAUUGAUCGCGAGCUUGAAGCGUAGCGGAGCCCUGCGGUCGCCCGAGGUGGAAGCCGCGCUGCGGGCCGUGCCACGCGGCCCGUUCGUGCCUGCCGACCUGGCAGACCAGGCCUACGUCGACACGCCGCUCCGGCUCGCCGCGUUCGGCUUCAACAUCUCGGCGCCGCACAUGUACGCCAUGUGCCUCGAAGCCCUCGGGCUCGAGCUCGGCCACACUUUCCUCGACAUCGGCUCCGGUUGUGGCCACAUGACAGCCCUCGGCGGCCAGCUCGUUGGCAAGGCGGGCAGGGCGGACGGGAUCGACCUGCUGCCGGAGUACAAGCGGUUCGCGGAGGACAACCUCCAGCGGCUGAAGGUGGAGACCGGGCUGGAGCUUCCCAAUCUACACUUUGAAGUCCGCAACUGCUUCCUCCCUGAUCUCGAGUCGCUGGUCGACCUGCUCAACCCCGGUGGCAUCCUGGUCACGCCCAACGAGGACUCCCUCGUCAAAGUCACCAAGAGCGCCGACGGCCAGUCCACCUCCAUCGACAAGCUCGCCAGCGUUCGCUAUGGCGACCUGAAGGUGCCAUCGGAUGCGGAGAUAAAGGAGGCGCAGCUGGCGCUGGAGCGGAAGAAGGCGACCACGAUCGAAAUCCCGCCCGACACCUUCGUCCAGGACUUUGCCCGGCUGCUCAACAACCCCGACCUGUCCGACGUGACGUUUGUGGUGGAGGGCAGGAAGGUGCCGGCGCAUCGCUUCAUCCUACAGGUCCGCUCCGAGCACUUCCGCGCCAUGUUCUCCAACGGGCUGAAGGAGUCGCGCGACAGUGAGGUGGUGCUGCACGACACCGACUACGUACCCUUCAUGGCCUGCCUCGAAUUCAUCUACUCCGGCCAGGUCAAGAUUCCCGACCCCGACUUCGCCAUCGAGCUGAUCGGAGAGGCGAACAAGCUGCAGCUGGUGCGGCUCAAGGCGCUGUGCGAGGACCUGAUCUCCAAGAACAUCGACAUCGAGAACGCCGCCUACGUCUACCAGGUCGGCAGCUACCACGCCGUCCCUCGUCUCCGCUCCAUCGCCCUCGACUUUGUGGUGACCAACUUUGACCAGGUGUCGAAGACCAAGAGCUUCCUGGAGCUGGACAGGACCCUGCUGCUCGAGGUCAUGCAGGAGGCUUGCAAGCUCGUCACCCAGACUCGGGGCAACGGGACCUCUUCUUCCUCCUCGUCCUCUUUUUCUUCUUGA